AUGGGGGUGGCCGGCGCCGGCGGCGGGCGGCUGCGUGCCAGCAGCGCCAAGAAGCAGCAGCGGCAGCGGACGCUGAACAACAUCAAGAUCACGCUCCUGUGCGGCUUCAUCACGGUGCUGGUCCUCCGCGGCACCGCCGGCUUCAACCUCCUGGUCAGCAGCGGCGACCUCGACGGCGCGGCGGCGGACGCCAAGGUCGUCGAGGACGUGGAGCGCAUCCUGGCCGAGAUCCGCUCCGACUCCGAGGCGGACGACGUCGUGUUCGUGGUCGAGGACGGCUCGUCAUCGACGCCGUCGCCGCGCAACGCGACGGCGGCGAGCUUCGGCAACUUCUCGGCGUCGGCGACGGUGGUGAAGGUGCGGGAGUACAGCCUGGGUCCCAAGGUGACGGACUGGGACGCGCAGCGGCGGGAGUGGACGUCCCGGCACCCGGAGUUCCCUGCCCUCGACCCGCGGCGGGGGGGACGGCCGCGUGUCCUGCUCGUCACCGGGUCGCCUCCGGGCCCCUGCGACAACCCCGUCGGCGACCACUACCUGCUCAAGGCGACGAAGAACAAGAUCGACUACUGCCGGCUCCACGGCAUCGACGUGGUGCACAACAUGGCGCACCUGGACCCGGAGCUGACGGGGUACUGGUCCAAGCUGCCGCUGGUGCGGCGCCUCAUGCUGGCGCACCCGGAGGUGGAGUGGAUCUGGUGGGUGGACAGCGACGCCAUCUUCACGGACAUGGCGUUCGAGCUCCCGCUGUCCCGCUACGACGGCGCCAACCUCGUCAUCCACGGGUACCCGGACCUGCUGUUCGAGAAGCGGUCGUGGAUCGCGCUCAACGCGGGGAUCUUCCUGCUCCGCAACUGCCAGUGGUCGCUGGACCUGCUGGACGCCUGGGUGCCCAUGGGUCCCCGGGGCCCGUCACGCGUCGAGGCCGGGAAGCUGCUCACUGCCAGCCUGACCGGGCGGCCGCCGUUCGACGCCGACGACCAGUCGGCGCUCAUCCACCCUGCUGCUGGUGCAGAAGGGCGGUGGAUGGACAAGGUACGAGCAGAUGAUGGAGAACCACCACCGGGCCUCGGCGACGACCGCUGGCCCUUCAUCACCCACUUCGUCGGAUGCAAGACCUGCGGCCGGUACGAGGACUACCCGCUGGACCGAUGCAUCCGGGGCAUGGAGCGCGCCUUCAACUUCGCCGACAACCAGGUGCUCAGGCUCUACGGAUUCCAGCACCGCUCGCUCACCACCGCCAAGGUCAGGAGGGUCAACGACCCGGCCACCAACCCGCUCCAGGCAAAGGAGGCGGCGCUGAAGAUGGACGCCAAGUUCUCGAGCACCUAG